UAGGGAGAUAUAACGUUUAUUUAUUUAUUUAUUCAUUUUUGGGGGGUAAGAAAGAGGCACAUUUCAGCCCUCAUUCAAUGCUUUACCAAACUCAACAUCUUCCUCUCUUUCAAUUUCAUCCCUUCACUUCUUCCACCACCCCUCAACUUUCCACACCACCAUCAUCCCUAACUCCUCUUCUCCUCUCUCAGGAAACGGAAACGGAAAUGGAGUGUUUGGAAGGAGCGUUGAAGAGCAGUUUGAGGAAAGACACGGCGUUGAAAGUGAGUCCCCAAACGCUCCUAGAGGAGUUGGCGGCGCCAAACGUGCAAAACGUCGUCGCUUCUUGCGACGACUUCUUCGUUGACGACCUCCUCGACUUUUCGCUCCUCGAAAAAGAAGAACCCGACAACCACACCCACGACUCUACCUCGGUUUCCCCGAAGAGGCACAACCACGAAAUUCACAAUAACAAUCACAAUCACAAUCCCUCCUUCAACGACCAUUUCAACAGCGAACUCACUGUUCCGGCCGAGGACGUCGCCGACUUGGAAUGGUUGUCUCAUUUCGUUGAAGAUUCUUUCGCGGAGUACUCCGUUUCCUUCCCCACGGUAACCGUAACGGAAAGCCUCUCGGAGAGGGCACCGGAACCGGGGAAUACCGGUUUCGCUUUUAAAACCCCGGUUCCGGCCAAGGCCAGGAGCAAGCGAACACGAACCGGGGUUCGCGUUUGGCCGCUCAAGUCACCUUCUUUCACCGACACGUCAUCGACUUUAACCUCUUCCUCUUCUUCCUCCUCCUCUUCCUCGCCCUCCAGCCCCUCGCGAAUUUGCGAGGAGAAGAGAGCCAAGAAAAGGGCCGCCGCGGACGGCGGCGCGGCUCAGGCGGCGCGGCGGUGCAGCCACUGCGGCGUCCAGAAAACCCCCCAGUGGCGAACCGGACCGCUCGGAGCGAAGACUCUCUGCAACGCGUGUGGGGUUCGCUACAAGUCGGGUCGGUUAUUACCCGAAUAUAGACCCGCGUGUAGCCCUACUUUCUCUAGUGAGUUGCACUCGAACCACCACCGUAAGGUGCUGGAGAUGCGGCGGAAGAAGGAGGUUGUGGUUGAACCGGACACCGGUUCAGGUUCCGGUUCGGCAACUUUGGUUCCCGGUUUUUGAUAUUAUUGCAUUUUUUCCGGUUAGAAAAAAAAAAAAAAAAAGAAAGAGAAAGAGAAUAGGGAAGGACUAGGUUGGAGCAAUGGACCCGGUUCAGUGGGGCCUGAGUUAGUGUGUACAUUUUUUUUCCUUUAAAUUUUAACCUUGGUUGGGUGCGGUAGGUGUUAAUGUUAGUUGUUAGACAUUAUAAUGUUAUUAUUGAUUAGGACUUAGAUUAGGAGGCUUUUCUAUUGAAGACCAUUUUUACUUUACUUUUUAAUUUUUUUUAUGAGAAUUUUAUGGAGUUUUUAAUUAUGUGUGUGUGACGAGGUGAGAUAGGGUUGUGGGUGUGUUUGGAACUGUUGAGGUUUGGUUGGAAAGCAUGUACUUUGUGAAUGGAAAGAAGGAACACAUAACUGGUUAAACGCUUUUGUGUUGUACUGAAACCGAAUCAUGUGGAAGUUGCACGCAAGAGGGUGGUGGAACGGGCCAUGAAGUGAACCUUUCGCCAUCACUUCAAACAAAAGAAAUGUGCUUGGGGCUGGAAAUUCGAAACCUUGAUUUGGACAUUUGUGUUUAACUAGGUUUUGGCGCUGCCUAAUCGACGGGGCACAGCCUCUGAUCGCUGAAACCAGUUUUUGAUUUUGAAUUUUUUAUUUGGCGCUGUCCUCAUGACAUAUCUUUAUCCUUUCGACACGUCCAAAAGAUGCUAUCUAUUUACCAUUA